UUUGACUUCAUAUUUCUCCCGAUCAGAGGAAGAAGAAGAAGUCAUGGCAAGAACCAAGCAGACCGCUCGCAAGUCCACCGGAGGCAAAGCCCCCAGGAAGCAGCUGGCCACCAAGGCUGCCCGUAAGAGCGCCCCGGCCACCGGCGGCGUGAAGAAGCCUCACCGGUACAGGCCCGGUACCGUGGCUCUGAGAGAGAUCCGUCGCUACCAGAAAUCCACCGAGCUGCUGAUCCGCAAGCUGCCCUUCCAGCGUCUGGUGAGAGAAAUCGCUCAGGAUUUCAAGACCGACCUGCGCUUCCAGAGCUCCGCUGUUAUGGCUCUGCAGGAGUCCAGCGAGGCUUACCUGGUCGGCCUGUUUGAGGACACCAACCUGUGCGCCAUCCACGCCAAGAGGGUCACCAUCAUGCCCAAAGACAUCCAGCUGGCCCGUCGCAUCCGCGGAGAGCGAGCUUAAACUGUCUGCUGAUCCACAAACCACAACGGCUCUUUUAAGAGCCAACUCACUCUACACUGAAGAGCUCAUUCCUCUGCUGGAAACGUGUAUUAUUGAAACUGAUAAAUGAUGAUACAAUAUAAUCAUGCAUUUAUAAUUGUACGCUAAAUGAGAUGAUUACAUGUCCUUAACUCAUGACCUUAUUUGAAAUACUUUCAAGGGUCCUUAAUUGUGCUUUAGAACAGGGUUUGGCACAAAUUAUAAACUUUUGAGA